AUGCCUCCGUACGUCAUCCGCAGCGCUAUCCUACGAACCUCACUUGCGCUCUCGCAUCUCUCAAAACCUAUUCUUCGACUUGCUCAUACCCAGCGCAGGACAUUGCCUGAGUUCUCGCUCGAAGGCAAAGUAGCUGUUGUUACCGGCGCCUCACAAGGUCUUGGUCAACAGAUCCUCGCUGCCUUCGCCCUCUCGGGUGCCCAUGGCGCGAUCGUAGACCUCAAACAGGACAGUGCCGACAAAUCUGCCGAAGCACUAGUUGAAGAGGCGAAAUCGCACGGGCUCCCCGAACCUAAAGUCCAUGGCUACGAAUGUGAUACUUCAUCUGAAGAAGGUGUGAAAUCAACCUGGAACAAAAUCGUCAAGGAUUUCGGCACCGUGGACAUUGUUGUCACGAACGCGGGAAUCACAGGCGGCGCACCAGCAGAAGACUACCCAUUUGAGGAUUUCAAGCGCAUGAUCGACGUCAACUUGACCGGAACUUUCUUAUUCGCCAGGGCGGCGGGGAAAUGGUGGAUCGAAAACAAAGUCCACGGCCGCGUCCUAAUCAUCUCUUCGAUGUCUGGCUCCAUCGUCAACCGCCCGCAAAAGCAGUCCGCAUACAACGCUUCCAAAGCCGCAUCAGCGUAUCUUAUGAAGUCUUUGGCAUCGGAGUGGGCACCUUAUGGUAUUCGCGUCAACGCGCUCAGCCCUGGAUACAUCCAGACCGAGGCGAAUGAGGGCGAGGAGAUGGGGAAGCUGAGCAUAGAGUGGUUGAAAGAUAUUCCUUUGAACAGAAUUGCCAAGCCAGAGGAGUUUCGGGGCGCGGCCGUUUGGUUGGUGAGCGAUGCAAGUAGCUAUGUUACUGGCAGCGAGAUUCUGGUAGAUGGUGGAUAUACGAUUUGGUGAGCGAAAAACGCUCGCUUUGAGUACAUAAAAGGUUGGGCUUUCUUGGAUAAGAACUGUUCGGUUUUGUGAAAAACAGUGCAUGUAGUCUGACGUUGAAAACGCCCAAGCGAAGGGCUGGCUGUGGGCUCUGUAAAAGUAAAAUUGACAUUGGCUAGUAUGUUAGUUGGUGUAUGUCACUACGCUUAUCC